UCAGAACGCCGUUGCAGGUCUCCAUCCAUCCUCCUCCUCCUCCUCCUCCUCCUCCUCCUCCUGUAAUGGACAAUCCCUACGCCGCUCUCCUUGAAAAAACUCGCUUGCCCCAGCCCUGUUUCCAGCGUUUCGCCGUUGUCUCCCUUUUCCGACUCAUCGGAUCAACUCCCGGAGACAUCAGCCUCGACUCCCCCGCUUGCCUCGACGCUAUCUCUCAGUGCCUCCGGUCCCCUUCGGCCGCCGUCGUCGACCAGGCCGUCCGGGAGUUCUGUCGUCUUGUCGCUGCGGGUGAUCGCAUUCCCACCUCUGUCGCGCUUAUCGAGCUGCAGUCUGCUCUCGAGGGGUGCGAGCCGCGUUUCGCCCCUGUAUUAGUGAAGGGGAUUGGUUUCCUCUGCCGCCUCGCUUUCCGAAUGGAUUUUUCCUGGGGUCGACGGUUCAAUCGUGUCGAGCUGCACCCAUUUGUCAAGGUUAUUUCUUGCUGCAAAGAAUCACAGGAAGAGCUUAUUGAACAAGUUCUAUUGUUCAUUGCUCUUAAUAAGUCUCUUGGAAUUAAUGAGGUCGUGAGGUUCUUGAGGCCGUUUAUGAUGUUUUCUGUGAUUUGGAAGACUUCUGCCUGCGUUUGCUUUUUUUCAAGGAACUUGAUAUCGGCUAUUGCAUCACUAUCAUGUUCAUUUCCAUUGGAAACAAUUAGCAUUUUGAAGCUUCUUGCAGAGUGCUUAAAGUACUUGCCUUUGACAAAUGAGAAGGAAUUUCUAUACAUUGUAACUUCUGCUGUACAUCUUGUGGAUGCUUAUGUUGUGGUUUUGCAACGAACUGUUGACAUUGAGAAGGAAGUGACAAAUGUUGCCCAAAGGUGCAGUUUGGAGGUUGUGAGUAUGCUGCUAUCGAUUUGUGCUUAUUUCCAUAGAAAACCUCUGGGACAAGUUGAACGUGUUAUUGAGAUCGCAAGGCAUUUGCUGUUGGCCCAAAAGGAGCUUGGACUGCACUAUGUCUUUGACUUUGUGAAUAUAGUUGUCUCUGCUUCUGUCAUCCUCACCCAGGUGGAGUUUGAACAUGAUCAACUUUCUGUUCUGAAGCUUCUUAUACUUCUAAUGGAAUGGAAAACACAAGAGUUGGGCACCAUAAGAUCUUCGUGCUCUCUCAAUGAAGAGCUUCUUAUUGUCUUCCCUGUUAUCAACCUUUUAUCAUCUCCGUCAAAGUCUAUUAAGUCAGCGGUCACUCAUUUGCUUUCACUAGCUGAAAGAUUUGUUUUAAAUUUCAUGGGUGUUUUCAAUAAAGCAGAAGUUUCUGGCGCUGACUUCCCAGAUCUGAUUGAAAUUGAGUCGAUUCCUCUGAGGCUUCUUCAUCAUCUUUUCAUUCAGGGCCAACAACUGUCUUAUCGUUCCUAUUCCUUUUACUUUACUUGUGAUAAUGUCAACUGUGACAUUGAAAAAUACCAUGAACCAUUAUACUGGAUAUCAUGGUUAAGGGAGCAUCUAUUAUCUGUUGAGAAGGUAAAACCCACACAACCUCCUCAAUUAUCAGCAAUUCAUCCUGAAGGGGUGAAUCUAUUACUAGGCUCAAUAUUUUCCAGUUUAGUUAUUUCUCCUGCUUUUCACACCUCAGCGGUUGAUUUUCUUGUUGUCAUUGGUCGUGAAGACCCUAAACUGGGUAUGACAAUGUUUCAAGCUGCUCUUUUCUAUAUUAAUAUUCUAUUCAAAUUUGAGAGCAAUUCUUCAAGAAUACUGCUCAGACUUCUGGAAAUGCUUCCAUCUCUGGUUUCUCAUUCGGCCAUGGUGCAAAUUAUUGUUCAGACAAUUUUGCCUAUGCUUCAUAAAGAUGCAAAACCAUCACUACGUGCAGUGGCCCUACGUUUGCUAUGUAAGGCGUGGGCAGUUUCUGAUAGGGUAUUUGAAAAUUUGCAAGAUGUUCUCAAUCCAAAAAUUCUAUCAAAUAUUGAAUCCGUGAGGGAGGUUUGUAUAAGUGUAGCUGCUUCUAUCCGUGAUGUUUGCAAGCAGAAUCCUGACAGGGGCGUUGACCUCAUACUUUCUGUGUCGUCAUGUAUUGAGAGCGAAGAUUCCACUGUGAAAGCUCUUGGUCUCCAAAGCCUUUCUUCGCUCUGUGAAGCUGAUGUUGUUGAUUUCUAUACAGCAUGGGAAGUUGUUGCAAAGCAUGUCAACAGUUACGCUGAAGAACCUAUUGUUGCAGCGGGCUUGGUCAAUCUAUUGCGAUGGGGUGCGGUGGAUGUGGAAGCUUAUCCUGAUAAUGCUCGGAGUGUUCUGCUAAUAUUAUGGAAAGUUGGAACGUUUAAGAGUUACUCUUCUGAGGCCUUAUGGGUAAAAGCAAGAACAUUUGCAUUCCAGUCCAUGAUGCAUUAUGAGAUUGUGAAGUUUCAGGAAAUUAUUCCAGAUUUUAAGGAAAAGACCUUGCAGUGCUUUCUUAACGAGUAUAAUGCUGAAGUUCUUGAGGCAAUCAAGGAAUUUGAAAUCAAGAUAAUCAAUUUUGAGCACAUAAACCGGCGCAGAUCGCUCAAAGAGAGAAGACCCUUGGGGUACAAGGUUGAGAAAUUGCUGGAUGUGUUUCCUCAGGCUUUGUUCUCACCAGGGGCGGGAAAUCACUAUGUAAAUGCAAGAGAGUUUCCUGGUGCGGCUUUGUUAUCUUAUGUUUUCAGCCCCACUGAAUCACAUGGCUUAUCAAAUGAUGCGCUAAGAAUUCAUGCAUCAUUUGAGAAGGCACUAAUGGAAAUAGCUGAAGCACUUCUGAUAUCAAGAAAUAUAGUAAUCGCACUUCUUGCGCUAGAGUCAUGGAAAACAUUCAUCCGACAAUGGAUGAAGGCUUUGGUUACAUCUGCUGAUACUAAAUGUUCAUCAAUUGAGUCAGAUAACAGCGUGAAGAGUGCUUGCGAUAUAUUGAAGAUAUGCUGUAAAGUUGCCGUCGACGCAGUACCUCAAGCUUCUGUAAAUAUAGCAUUGGCAAUUGGUUCGCUCUGCUUGGUGGUUCCUUCGUCAUGUUAUGCUGUCAUAUCCUCUGCGUCUGAUUUUCUUCUCAAAUGGUUGGUUGAUUGCAAACAUGAACACCGCCAGUGGUCCUCUGCAAUUUCUUUGGGAGUGAUAUCAAACUGCUUUCAUGCUACGGAUAAAAUGCAAAGGAUGAACGUCAUAACUGUUCUUAUGAAGGAAGCUUUUAAUAGCAAAAGCCAGCUUGUCAUGGGAGCUUGUGGAUUGGCACUUGGUUUUGCAUGUCAAGGCCUUCUUUCAAGUGUUGAAGUUGAUUCCAAUAGGCUUAUAGAGGAAAAUUUACUUCGUGAUGUGAUUAAAAACCUUAUCAUGGUACUAAGUGAGCUCUGUCCUCAUGCUUCGGAUUCCCUUCAAAACCUGAUUGAAUAUUUUCUUCUGGAUGGCCAUGAUAGUGUAGAAGCUUCUUCACUGUUGCCUCAAUGGAAGCUUGAUAGUUUUGAAGAAGAGCCUUGGGGUGUUGCAGGAAUUGUAUUAGGAUUGGGAAUUUGUGUUGUUGCAAUGCACCGGCUUGGGCUAAAUGAUGCCAUCCUUAUCAUGAAAGACAUUCUUCUUUCUUGGAUUCCAUCUCUCGAAUCAUCCAAAAAGAGUUCCUUAAUUUUUAAUGAACUGACUGAUAUAUCACUGGCAGUAGGCGCAUGCCUCGCAAUUCCAAUUGUUGUUGCAUUUUGCCAAAAUGUUGAUCUUAUGAUUGGUAAGAUUAAUACAAUCUUGAUUCGUUAUGUUUCACUAGUUUCUGAGCUUCUAAAUUCAAAAGAGUCUGGAAUUCAUUAUCAAAAUUUGCGUAUGGCAUCGUGUGUUGGAGUUGGAUCAUUUGUCUCAUGCAUAUUGAAUUAUGGGGUUCACUCUAUAAGAUAUGAUGACAUCAAAAUUCUGUUGGAAGACUUGAGAAAUGGAUACACAGCAUCUCAUCCACCUAUUGUCCAGCUGGGAGCGAUGAUUGGAGUGGUUAAUGCAUUUGGUGCGGCUGCUGGGGAUCUUACUGACAAGCAUCUUCAGGAUUCAUUUUUGCCAGUUAGUCUUGACCGAAAGGGUUCAGAUUUUGUAAGAGGCCCAAUCAUUUUAAGCCCUACUUGUGAAAACCUUUCUACAUCCUUUGUUCAGGAACUGUUUUUCGUUGCAAAGGAAUCCAAGGAUCAGCAGAUACGGAAACAUGCUGCAUGGGCUGUGGCAUUUCUUCGACAAAAGUGGUGUUCAAAAACGUUUCAGGAAAUAGAAUGUUCUAAGGGUAUUCCAAUGCCUUCCGCCUUACAGUCUCAGUCUGUUCCAGAAGACAGCAUAGUCUGGAAAUUGUGCUCGUGGUUGUCUAAUAUUAACUUCCAUCAGGUGCAUUCUAGCACUGUUGUUUCUGUUUUGAGGUGUCUAUCAAAGGCACCAAGAUUACCUGUGCUGGACUGGGCAUCUAUUAUUAGAGGCUUAAUGAAGAAUGCAGCCAACUUUGCAAAAAAGUCUCAGAUAAUGCAGGAUGUUACAUCAUUUCAAGAAGAAUGCAUAUAUUUUUCCUUAACUUGUGCGAAGGAUGUCAAAUCACUCUUGCUUUUCCUUGAUGAUUUUACUGAUCUAGUCAGAUUUAGGACGCUGGACCUCAAUUUGCAGUGCCUGUUGCUUAGAAAUGUGUCAGAUCUAAUGAGUUCAUUUUCUACUUCAAGAAUGGAGCGACUAUUUGAAGAUUUUGUUCAUUUUUUUAGUUCAUCUACUUCCCCAUAUUUUGUUUAUGGAUCAAAGCAACAAGUUUUGUUGCGCAUUUCAUUUUGGAAAGGUCUUUAUCAAUGCCUUAAUGGAGCUAAUGUUAAAUCAAGUUGUCUGUCACAAAUUGAGAGGUGUAUGGACUGCUUGUUUCGCUUGAUGCCAUCUUUUGUAUAUAAUGUUAAAUCUGCAGAGUUGUGGUCAAUUUGUUCAGAGUGGUCUGAAGGUAUAAGAUGUUUGACCAAGGCUCGACAUGGUUGGCUUAUGGAUAUUCUGCAGUUUUCUGGAAAAAGCACUUUUAAUGAAAUUUCUAUGAGGAUUUUGGCAAAAAUAAAGCUGGUGAAGAAUGGUGGUUUAUCAUUUUCAGAGCUUGAAAAACUGAAAUCUUACAUACUAAAUUUCAGAUUAGAAGGCAUGUGGUGGACUCUUCUUGUGGAACUCGUUGCUGCUUUGUUCAUUGCUGAGGCCAGCAUCAAAAGGCAAUGGCUUCUUGAUGCCUUGGAUGUGAGCUGCGUUACUGCAAAUCCUUUAACUGCUAUAAGCUUCAUAGGGCUGCUUUCAGGAAGCUGCUGCAAAUACAUGCCACUAUUGAUCGUCGAACCAGAGAUCGUCUUAAACGACUUGCCAAUGACUCUCCCAUCUCUUUUAUCGAGUAGCGGCUGGAGUGUCAUUGCAGAAUCUAGCGUUCAUAAACUAUGGUUAUCGACUGAACGUAUCUGUACUUGGGCGGCUGCGACGCUGUCUCGUGGUGCCAUUGAUAACUUCCCUGACUCAAACUACAUAGAUGUAAGCGAUGUUGAUACGUUUGUCUCUCUAGCUCGAUUGAUGCACCGGACUUGUCUCUCUUUGAAAGACUACUUGCCACUUGACCAGCAAUUGAGGUUGGCUAAUAUUGAGGUCCCAUGAUCCUUGUUAGCUGAGUUGUCUGAGUUAGUACUUUUUGAUCUUUUUAUUGUAAUCUCCUUUGUUCUAAUGUUUGCUUGUAUGACAGAGAUU